CACAUCAUCUUGGCUUGGCCCAAACACUCACGUCUUCUCUUUCUUCGUCUCGAAGGGAACAGUGCUCUCUCCUCACCUCUUUCCUUCCUUCCCUGAAAGAUCACUUGCGGAAUCAUCUGUUUAUUGACCUGCGAUGCACGAAACGGAGCUCGGCGAUCUGUCCGACGACGCCGAUUACGCCGCCUCUAUGCAACAGGGUUCAGCAACUAUGGCUCGCAACGAUAGUACCAAUAGCAAACACAGUACAUCAAGUGAGCCAGAUGGGGUGGAAAUAGUGUACCUGAAGGAUAAUGUGACAAUUCAUCCCACACAGUAUGCCUCCGAGAGGAUUAGUGGUAGAUUGAAGCUGAUUAAGCAAGGAAACACUCUAUUCAUGACAUGGAUUCCUUAUAAAGGACAGAGCUCAAGUGCGAGGUUACCAGAAAAAGAUAGAAAUCUUUACACUAUAAGGGCAGUUCCCUUUUCAGGCGUCAGAUCAAUCCGCAGGCACACACCUACACUUGGUUGGCAAUAUGUAAUUGUAGUUCUAUCAUCAGGAUUGGCUUUUCCCCCACUUUACUUCUACAAUGGUGGAGUUCGCGAGUUUCUCGCAACAGUUAAGCGUCACGUUGUUCUUGCUAGGUCUGCUGAAGAUGCCAAUGUGUUUCUUGUCAACGAUUUUCAGGAUCCCCUGCAGAGAACACUCUCUUCCCUGGAGCUCUCUCGAGCUGUAUCUGUAGCAGGUACUCCAAAUUUUAAUGAUGCUGCUAGAGAUGCACUAUCCAGCGAGAUUGAUGGGGAAAAUUCUGAUAAGACAUACGUGCAUGCCCAACAAAGCUUGAGGCCAAGGCAAAAGCAUAAUGACCCUGCUCGAGAUCUGUCAAUUAAUGUACUAGAGAAAUUCUCACUUGUAACUAGAUUUGCGCGUGAAGCAACAUCUCAACUUUUCCAUGAAACUUACAGUGAUAGUUUCAUAUCUAAUGAGAGAAAGAAGACUGAUCAGCAUAGGAUUGAUUAUCCUCAUACAACAUCAGAUGUUUCACAGAACGUUAUUGAAGUUGUUCCUGUACCAACAGACCCUGUGGAGAUUGACAAAUUGUCACUAGUAUGGGGCAAACCACGACAGCCUCCCUUGAGGUCCGAAGAGUGGGACGCGUUCUUUGAUUCUGAAGGAAGAGUCUUGGAUCCUGAAGCUUUGAGAAAGAGGGUAUUUUAUGGCGGAGUUGAACAUAGUCUCAGGAAAGAGGUCUGGGCAUUCCUGUUAGGUCAUCAUUCAUACGAUUCAACUUAUGCAGAAAGGGAAUAUCUUGUUGCAGUUAAAAAGUCAGAGUAUGAAACAAUUAAACUCCAAUGGAAGAGUAUUUCAAGAGAGCAGGCAAAAAGAUUUACAAAAUUCCGGGAAAGGAAAGGCCUUAUUGAGAAAGAUGUGGUGAGGACUGAUAGGACACACUCAUUCUAUGACGGGGACGAGAAUCUUAAUGUGAAUCUUUUACAUGAUAUACUGCUGACAUACUCAUUCUACAACUUCGAUUUAGGUUACUGUCAGGGUAUGAGUGAUCUUCUAUCUCCAAUAUUAUAUGUAAUGGACGAUGAAUCAGAAUCAUUUUGGUGCUUUGUUGCGCUAAUGGAGCGACUUGGACCCAAUUUUAACCGUGACCAAAAUGGAAUGCAUUCGCAGCUUUUUGCAUUAUCAAAGCUGGUGGAGUUGCUAGAUAGCCCAUUGCACAAUUACUUUAACCAGAAGGAUUGCUUGAAUUACUUCUUCUGCUUUCGCUGGAUACUCAUACAAUUUAAAAGGGAAUUUGAGUUUGAGAAAACAAUGCGGUUAUGGGAGGUUCUGUGGACGCAUUGGUUGAGUGAGCAUCUUCACCUGUACAUCUGUGUCGCUCUGCUGAAAAGGCAUCGGAGCAAAAUAAUCGGGGAGCAGAUGGAUUUCGAUACGCUAUUGAAAUUUAUCAAUGAGCUAAGCGGUCACAUUGACCUUGACUCCACAAUACGUGAUGCCGAGGCUUUGUGUAUAUGUGCUGGGGAGAAUGGAGCAGCUGCCAUCCCUCCCGGGACUCCACCAUCUUUACCCAUCGAUGCUGACGCUUCCAUAUACACUCAGCAGGAUGACGAUGACUCGGUACUCAGGAAAUCCAACGGUGUGAGUGGUUGUUGGCGAAGGUGGAAGCACAGAUCCAGCUCCUCAAGCCUCAAGCUGCUGUUGUUAGAACCUUACAAGAUCACAAAACGCGGCGGCGGCGUCCUUGGAGGCUGAAAUCCGACAGGUACCACUUCGAAAUUCCAGUUAAAGUUUAGGUACCCUGAACUUUGGGACCUUGCGCAAAGAUAAAAAAAAGUCGGCUGAUUUGCGAUCGGCCUUGGAUGGAAAGAGACAGAAACAGAAAAAGACUGGAAACACAUGGGGACGAAGGACAUAGGCUUGCCGGCAGGAACGGAGGAGGAGGAGAGAAAGAAAGAAAGAAAUACGGAGGGACUGUAUUUUUUGGGGGUAGAGGGGGGAGAAGGUAUAUGGUACAAUUGGCUGUACAGAGAGAUAUGUACAUCCGGGUAGUACUCAUUUUGAAAUCGGAAUUAGUAAGACAGAUCGGAAUUAGUACAGAUUCAUAGCUUCACUGCCUAUCGUGGAUCGAAAAUUGAAGUUGCCCAAGAUCGCGAAUCGGAAAUCCAAGCAGCCUCCAUUGUGGAUCGGCCAAGUGGGCGCGCGAAAUCAGAUUCCACCAGUGACAGUUCUGUAGUCCUGCAAGAAGAGAGAGCAGAGGAAGCAGAGGGUUAUGAUGAAACACGCAAGAACGCCCGAAGAGGAGGUUCCAAGAAAAUCUGGCGUGUUUG